AUGAAUGAAGAAGAACUUUUUGAGUGGUUACAUUAAAGAUUAUUAAUUCUUAUAAUUACUAAGGAUGUAUAAAUUGGAGUUAAAGCAAUUUAUCAUUGGUGCUAAAAAGGAUUUGGUAAGAAUUAAGUUUUAAUAUCUAGUUUAUAGAAAGUGGAAUCCCUAUGGUGAAUUAAAUCUUAAUAGUAUUAGCAGGACUAUAGUUGAGAAUCAACCCAAAAAUGGUUGAUGAUAUAACUUAAUUAAUUUAGGAUAAAGAAUAUAAAUAGAAAUUAAUAGAUUAAUUAUCAUAAGCUUAAUAAAAACAAGUAAAUUUAGAGGUUUCUAAUGUAAAUAUUAAAAUAAAUAUAGUCACCAAGAAUUUUAAAGGCAAAAAUUGAUUAAAAGGAAUCAGGAUUAUUUGGUAAUAUUUUAACAGCUCUAAGAUGCUGGGAUAAAAAAUAAAAAUGA